AUGGCGCUGGCGCGGCGGCUCCGGCCGCACCUCUGGGCCGAUCUGGGGUUCGCGCUGCGGGCGCUGCGGGCGCGGCGGAGGGCGCGGGGCGGCCCCGGGGGCUCCGUGGUCUCCCGGUUCCUCCGCGCGGCCCGGGCGGCCCCGGCUCGGCCGUUCCUGCGGGGCCGGGGGGGCGCGGAGCCGCUGGGGCGGGCGGCGCGGAGCGUGGCCAGGGUGGCGAACGCGCUGCGGGCGCUGCGGGCCCCGCCGAGGCCCGGGGACACCGUGGGGCUGUUGGUGGGCAACGAGCCCCGCUUCGUGUGGGGCUGGUUCGGGCUGGCGGCGCUCGGGGCCCGCCCGGCCUUCCUGGGCACGGCGCUGCGCCCCGCGGGGCUCCGGCACUGCCUGCGCUGCUGCGGGGCGCGGGCGCUGCUGGUGGCGGACGAGCUGUUCGCGUCGGUGGAGCCGCUCCUGCCCAGCCUGCGGGAGGAGGGGGUGGCCGUGUGGGUGCUGGGAGCGGGGCCGUACCCGGCCGGGGUCGUGGCGCUGCAGGAGCUGCUGGACGCGGCCUCCGAGGAGCUGGAGCCCGAGGACGUGUGGGAGCCCGAGGACAUGAGCGACACCUGCCUCUACAUCUUCACCUCGGGCACCACCGGCCUCCCCAAAGCCGCCCGGGUGUCCCACCUCAAGUCCAUCAUGUGCCUGAGCUUCUACGAGCUGGUGGGAGGCUCCAGCCGGGACGUUGUGUACCUGGCGCUGCCCCUCUACCACAUGGCCGGCUCCCUCCUGGGCGUCGUCGGCUGCCUCGGCAUCGGGGCCACGUGUGUGCUGAAGGAGAAGUUCUCGGCCAGCCAGUUCUGGGACGAUUGCCGCGCCGAGGGCGUCACGGUGUUCCAGUACAUCGGGGAGCUGUGCCGGUACCUGGUGAACCAGCCCCAGCGCCCCGGGGAGCGGCAGCACGGGCUGAGGCUGGCGGUGGGCAGCGGCCUCCGGCCCGACGUGUGGCGGAGCUUCCAGCAGCGCUUCGGGCCCGUGCGCAUCGUGGAGACGUACGGGAUGAGCGAGGGGAACGUCACCCUCUUCAACUACACCGGGACCCCGGGGGCCGUGGGGCGCUGCAGCUUCAUCUACAAGCUCAUCUCGCCCUUUGAGGUCGUUCGUUACGACGUCGCUGCCGGAGCCCCGGAACGGGACAAGGCCGGACGCUGCAUCCGUGCCCGGACGGGUGAGACGGGGCUGCUGAUCGCCCCGGUGACCCCCCGGACCCCGUUCCUGGGCUACGCCGGCAGCCGGGAGCUCUCGGAGCUGAAGCUGCUCCGCGGGGUCUUCGCCGAGGGGGACGAGUUCUUCAACACCGGGGACCUGGUGGAGCAGGACGAGGAACAGUUCGUGCGGUUCCGGGACCGCAUCGGGGACACCUUCAGGUGGAAGGGCGAGAACGUGGCCACCACGGAAGUGGCCGAGGCGCUGCUGGCCCACGAGUCCCUGCAGGAAGCCACCGUUUACGGCGUCACCGUCCCAGGCCACGAGGGCCGCGCCGGGAUGGCCGCGCUGGUUCUGCGUCCCGGCCGCUCCCUGGACGGGCCCGGCCUCUACCGGCACCUGGAGCGGCUCCUGCCGCCCUACGCGCGGCCCCGCUUCCUCCGGCUGCAGGAGCGGCUGGAGAUGACCGAGACGUUCAAGCAGCAGAAGGUGCGGCUGGCUCGGGACGGCUGCGACCCCGCGCUGGUGCCGGAGCCGCUGCUGGUGCUGGACGAGACCGCCCGAGCCUUUGUCCCGCUGGACCCCGAGCGCUGGCAGCGGCUCCGGGACGGGCGGUUCCGCAUCUGA